AAGAGUAAAGGCUGUAGUUGUUCCUGCCGUCAUGUUGGGCAGAGGCAAGACAGCAAGCCUUGCUCAGAAGAAUGAGGCAAAGACAGCGGAAUCAAAGCCACACGACCCCUUAAGGAAUUUAGGCGUGCUGGAGGACGAGGACGUGCGGGUGAUGCUGCGGGGCUCCAGCAUGGUGAAGGUGCGCUCGCCAGGCUGGCAGAAGAAGAGGGCCCUACGGCUCCUGGAGGACGGUGUGACCGUGUGGUGCGAGUCCUGCAAGAGCUCCCGCAAGGCCAAGGCACAGAAGAGCUUCUCAGUGACGGAAGUGGAGUGUGUCCGAGAGGGCUGCCAGUCUGAGGCACUGCGGAAGCUGGCCGGCGUCAUUCCCGAGGACCAGUGCUUCACGCUGGUGUUCAAGGGUGCCAGGAAGAGCCUUGACCUGCGCUGCCCCAACCAGCAGGAGGCCCAGAGCUGGGUCCGUGGGAUCCGAACCCUUCAGGAGAGGGUCUCCAACAUGUCCCAGAAGGAGAAACUUGACCACUGGAUCCGCAGCUACCUGAAGCGAGCAGACCAGAACCAGGAUGGGAAGAUGAGCUACGAGGAGGUGAAGCGCCUGCUUCAGAUGAUCAACAUCGACCUGAACGAGCAGUACGCCCGAGCUCUCUUCAAGAAGUGUGACCGCUCCGCCGACGGGCGUCUGGAUCACGUGGAGAUCGAGGAGUUCUGCCGGGAGCUGAUGCGGCGGCCAGAGCUGGACCUGGUGUUCCAGCGGCAUUCUGGGAACGGCUGCGUGCUGUCCAGCCUGGAGCUGCAGGAGUUCCUGAGGGAACAGGGCGAGGACGCCACGCUCGUGCACGCUCAGAGCCUCAUCCUCACCUACGAGCUCAACGAGUGGGCCCAGAAGAAUCAGUUCAUGACACCGAAUGGCUUCACCAUGUACAUGCUGUCCCGGGAGAACGAUGUGCUGAACCCCGAUCAUGCCGAGGUGUAUCAGGACAUGACCCAGCCGAUGGCCCACUACUACAUCUCCUCCUCCCACAACACCUAUCUCACCAAGGACCAGGUGACCAGCGCGAGCAGCACAGAGCCCUACAUCAGGGCACUGAAUCAGGGAUGCCGUUGUGUGGAGCUGGAUAGCUGGGAUGGGGACAAGGGAGAGCCGGUGAUCUACCAUGGCCGCACCCUCACCUCCAAGGUGCUCUUCAAAGAGGUCAUUGAGACCAUUGCUGAGUACGCCUUCAAGGCCUCCCCAUACCCCUUGGUUCUGUCACUGGAGAAUCACUGUUCUGUGGAGCAGCAGGAGGUGAUGGCCAAACACAUGCGUACCAUUCUGGGAGAGAAACUGCUCACCCAGCCCCUAAACGGCCAGCCACUCAAAGACCUACCAUCUCCAGAGGAGCUGAAGUGGAGGAUUUUGGUGAAGGGGAAGAAAGAGAGCGUGCGGACUGGCAGGACGGACAGCUCGUCCAGCUCCAGUUCCAGCUCUGAAGAUGAGGCUGGAGGCAACAAGAACAAAUCCAAGAAAGACCCUGUGAAGGCUGCAUCAUCCAAGCUGAGCCCGGCGCUGUCUGACUUGGUUGUGUACUGCCGUGGUGUGCCGUUCCGCGGGUUUGACCAUGCCGCCAAGAAAUCUCCCUCUCAGUUGUCAUCCUUCUCCGAGAGUGAAGCCCUCCGGCAUAUCAAGGAAUCAGGAAACCAGUUUGUCCGCCACAACAGCAGGCAGCUGAGUAGGAUUUAUCCAUCAGGUCAGCGACUGCAGUCCUCCAAUUACAACCCACAGGAGAUGUGGAAUGGUGGUUGCCAGAUGGUGGCCCUUAAUUUCCAGACCGCGGGCGAGCAGAUGGAUCUGAACCAAGGACGCUUCCUGACUAACGGUGGCUGUGGCUAUGUCCUGAAGCCAAGCUUCCUACGCAGUGGAGACUCUAACUUCAACCCUGAAAACAUUGCCGGUGGCCCAGGACACAUCCCUACCCUGCUCACCAUCCGGGUAAUAUCAGCCCAACAGCUUCCCAAGCUGGACGCAAACAAGCCCAACUCCAUUGUGGACCCACAGGUGUGGGUGGAGAUUCAUGGGGUGGCAACUGAUAACGCUCGUGAAAAAACCCAACGCAUCGACAACAAUGGCUUCAACCCCCGCUGGGACUGUAACCUACACUUCCAGCUGCAGGUUCCAGAGCUGGCCCUGGUGCGUUUUGUGGUGGAGGACCAUGACUACACCUCUAAGAAUGACUUUGUGGGCCAGUUCACUCUACCCUUCAUCAGUAUGCGAACAGGUUACCGGCACGUCCACCUGCUGAAAGCCGACGGCUCCAGCCUGUCCCCCGCCACGCUUUUCAUCCACAUCAAGGUGUCCCGCAGGAGCAGUCCCGUCAAGAUGGCGUACCCUUCCCGUCACUGACCGUCUCUGCACUGCCCUGACCUGCAGACCCUGGCGGUCAGAAAGAAGCAGGAUGGCCUUCUUUUUCCACUUCCCCAUCGAGCCCCUUAGAACCAGACAUGCAGGAUGACCUCUGCUUGUAGCGUGACAAGGGAACGGUACUCAACAUAUCGGGGACCAGAGCUGACCUUCUGCAUGCCCAGAAUGCUUUGCCUGGUGACCCAUAGAUUUAGCCAAUUCCUGACAGUAAAUAUCUAUUGGUUCAGCCAGGACCUGUCAUGCUGGGAUGUGAACCUCCUGACUGUGUGGCUGUGUUGUGUUCGAGAACCAGACUGAGGGCAAGAGCUGUAAACCUUCAGUCCCUGACAAUUAUUGGCUCUGAUUUUAAAAUAUAUAUUUUGAAGGCUGUAGUCUUUAACAAUAUAUAGAUCACUAUGUGGUGUGCUCCUCAGACCUUGAAACCUUAGCCAAGCAGCAAUUAUGAACUCAGAGGGAGCGCCUCCUGAUAUGCACAAUUAAUUGAUGCAAUCACAAGAUGGUUGCACCUCCACAUAGUGCAUAUCUGUCCUUCACCCUUACUAAACCCUCUUACUCCACGUAUGCAUAGACUGACUAAACACACAACAGAGUAGUCAUGUGUUUUCCUGAUUAAACAAAGGCUACAGAACACGACCAGGACAUUUCAAGACCAGUGUUGGUCAUUUAAAUAGCUUUAGAUGAAGAUACUGACAUAGACAUAGCAGUACAGUUGUUAGAUACAUUAGAAAUAUUACAGCAAUAUCUGUAUGUGUUACAGAUCAUAAACUGUAAUAAUUCUGAUAAGUAUUAGGUAUGUGUAUUAUCUAUAUUGUUCAUUUCAAAAUAUUUUUGAGAGGGUAGUGCACAGUAUGUGUAUAUAUGUGUAAUACAGUAUGAACUUGAGGUUGCUUGAUUAGACAAUGAUUGAGGUUGCUUGGAAUUCUCUCAACUUGCCUCCAUAUUCUCUUUCUCGUCAGAAAUGUUUCACAGCAGUGAGAGGGGGCAGACUAACCACAGUCAGUUUGGAAUAUGCCUCAAGUUAGCUGCCAGUUCUCUUUCAGGAAACAGGGAUGGGAAUGCAAGCAGUAUUUUAUCACAUACUCAUAGCUUUCAAGAUUUAGGAAGAGAAAGACUUGAAGCUUAGGAUUUUAUUUACCCCAGGAUAGUCUUUUUAAAAUGACAAAAUCCGUCCUUUCUUUUUUCAAGUAUUUAUCACAGUUCCUCUUAGGAAAAAAGUAUGUUUUGAUAAAGUCUAUGACUUUUAGAUUUUUUUUUUAUAUGUUAGUUUAAAUUUUUUAUCAGUUACUAUAUUCUAUAGUAUAUUUAUAAACUCAAAUUGUACUGAGGAACAUUUUUUAAUGUAUGACUUCAUCAUAUGGAUCUGUGUAAUUGUGAACAUUAUUGAAUUACUGCCAAUUAUAAUGCACUGAUCUGUUAUUGUUAAAGAGUGAAGGUCAUAUUAGUAUCAAUCAUUAGGUCAGAGCAUUUGCGAUUUCAACUUCCCUGUAUUAGCCCACAGCCUAACUGUCCUGCAGAUGCCAAAACAUUCUUACAGAUUGUAAUUGUUACAUUAUGAGAAUGCUGCACUUCUUGCAUGGUUCAGUACAAGUGUUAUAUAUACUGAAACUGACUGGAUAUUCAGUGCCAACCCAAAAAUGUGCAGAGACAAUGAACAGUGAUGGGAGUAUCCCUUUACUGAGAUGAGUAUUAUUCUGACAUAUGUUCAUUCCACUGGCCUAUUGUCAGUAAUGUUUUUACAUUUUCAUUUUAUUUCAUUUUUAUAUCAAAUGUUUUCUACACACAUACAGUUUGGGACAAACAUCAUUUAUAUAUUUGCCUCUGUACUCCUCAAUUUGAGAUGUGUAGUAAAAACAAAUCACCUGUAGUUAACAUGCACAUUGUCAGAUUUUUAAAAAGGGCAUUUUUAUGCAUUUUGGUUUCAUAUACUAUCAUUUAAAUGACAUUGCUGUAUCCCAAAUAUUAUGGUGCCCUGAAAUGGGGGACUAUGUGUAAACACUGCUGUAAUUUCUACAUGGUGAAAGCAAAAUGUAUAAAAAUGCCUUUCUGACAAUGUGCACUUUAACCACAUGUCAUUGUUUUAUUACAGAGGCAAAUGAAUAAAUGAUGGGUCUUUGCCCCAAAUAUUAUUGAGGGCAUUGUAUUAACAAUACAUAUUUGGUAUUUUUAGCUUUUUUUAGUUAUUUAUUAUUUCUUCAUAUGCUACAUCUAAACAGAAGUGACUACAAUAAGCAUAUUGGCCAAACUGUCAGAUAGACACCAGAUCUUACUGUAAGUGUGUUUAGAAGAAAAACUGAAAACGUUUUCACUUCCUUAUUUGAAUUUUCAUCUUGAGCUCAUUUGUAGUUCCUACUGGCAUGACCAGUUAAUGUGGAGAUGCAUUGAAACCAUAUUUGGUAAUUUAUUGAUACAUGUACCAAUUAUUAUUAUUUUUUAAAUCCAGUUUCAAUCCAUCUUUGUUCUUACUUGUGUUAUAUUUGUGAUUGAAGUUCUUUCACCUACCAUCUUUCAGGACAUUUUUCUCAUGUCAUGGCUUCAAGACAAGUGUUUGCUGUGGAUGUACUGCCAAGCUGUUUAGUAUGUCUAAAUGAGCAGGAGCUUGAGCUGGUCUGUGCUGUGCUGUAGAUUAGUGGACUAGGCCUUUCUGUUGGCCUGCAUUUUAGGCAGUGGAAACCUGAUGAAUUCUGUCCUUGGGUAUCAUCUGUGCCUCAUCCCUGUUUGGAUACCAUUCCAGAUUCUAGCCAAUACAGGGCUGAAAAGCACUUUGUGUUCAACAGGGCAACAGGGGUAUGAGAAGGAUAUAUCUGACUGUGCUUGAUGUUAGGAAACAUUAUAGCAAAUGUAUGAAAAUGUGUGCAAUAUUAAUUUUGCUUGUAAUUGAUGAAUAAUAAAAAUAGAAAAAAACUAAAACAUUUGUUAUCUCUGAGACUGUAAGUACAUUAUCUGUGUUUAUUAAUUAAGGUGUCUUGAGGGAUUGUUAUAACAAAAGCAGGCUGUUAUUCAAUUAAACAGAGUUUUAAUGCA